AUGGGUCUAUGUAAAUGUCCAAAUCGUAAAGUAACAAAUUUAUUUUGUUUUCAACAUCAUGUGAAUGUAUGUGAACAAUGUUUAGCCAGUCAACAUUCUCAAUGUAUUGUUCGAUCGUAUGUUCAAUGGUUACAAGAUAAUGAUUUUAAUCCAAAUUGUUUAUUAUGUAAUAAUUUGUUAACAGAAAAUGGUGAAACUGUACGUUUAAUAUGCUAUGAUAUUUUCCAUUGGUCAUGUUUAAACCAAUAUUUUCAAAAGCUACCGUUAAACACGGCACCAGACGGCUAUCAAUGUCCACAAUGUAAACAAUGUAUAUUUCCACAAGCUAAUUUAGUAUCGCCAAUUGCCGAUCAAUUAAGACAAAAAUUAGCAACAGUUACAUGGGCGAGAGCUGGUCUUGGUUUACCAUUAGUUGAAGAUAAUCGCUCGCAACGACAAUCUCCACAACAAUUGACUGAAACAGAGAAAAAUGGUUAUGUCAUUGUUAGUCAACAGCAGCAACAAAAUCAAUCGUCAUCAUCGGUAUCGUUACCAGUCGAGCAACAGGGUUUAUCUUACCAUACGAAGGGAAAAUCUUAUAGUAGUGAUACAGAAACAAUGUUAUCAUCGACAUUAAACCUUGUACAAGAUGUUGAUGAUGAUAAAUAUAAGAGACGUAGUAUAUUCUCGUGGUUUGCACGAUAUUUGCGUUCACGUCAAGUUUCUGGAACAAAACGUAAACCAAUGUCUAGAUUACGAUGGACAUGUUAUUUGAUAAUUGUUUGUCUUUUUGUCUUUGUAACAAUAUUCACCAUUUUACAUAGUUUAACACGUAGUUCAGAUGAUGAUAACGAUCCUCAAUUCGAUCCUUUAAACAAUCCAAUGAUAAGAGUUGGAAAUAGAUUUAUACAAAAAUUAAAAAAUAAAUCAUUUGGUAGUGUGAAUAAUCAACAACAACAAGAUGAAUAA